CCCUCUACAGGAAGCGUGUAAAACGUCAUUGAUUUACGCGGGUGUGAGCAGAUCGUGAUUUGGAGAAGGAAUGGAUUUUUCACAAGUGGGCCCACCAGGUGGAGGUUUUUCUGACCCAAAUUCAGCGUUUGCCGACGCUUUAGCUCGUGCUAGACAGAUUGCAGCAAAGAUCAGUAGUGUUGACGGAGGAGGUAACGACUUGCCGAACGACAUCCAAGGCCUAAAGCGCCCCCUUCAGGACAGUUUUGGAGGUAAUCCUGAUGAUAGUGACGACUUUAAGAACAUGCCCUUCAUGUUUUCUGCGCAACCAGAGGCUAAAAAACCAGCUUACGACCCCUUCAGCUCCAGCCUGGGAUCUAAUAACUCGGCCGCUGCAGAAAAUGAUCCAAUAGGAGCCCAGUUACGAGCCAUAGCAGAACAGCAGCGGAUGUCUCAGGCGCAGCAAGCGGCCCAGCAGAUAGCCUCCAAGCUGAACCAGAACCUCGGGGCGCAGCCGACAAUGCAAGUCCUGCCCGAUGCAAGAGCUCAGCAAGCAGCCCAGGCUGCACAAGAGGCUGCAGCAAGAAUUAACCAGCAACUUGGGAUUGCCCCGGGACAGCAGCAGCCACCCCCACAACAACCCCAGCCAACCCCCUCUGGUAUGGGCAUGACUGGGGUUGGGCCUCACGCGGGACUGGGCAUGGUACAGACAGAGGAGUUCCAUGUGCCAGACAAAAUGGUUGGACUGAUAAUUGGUAAAGGAGGUGAACAGAUCAGUCGUCUUCAGGCAGAGUCCAGCUGUAAGGUGCAGAUUGCCCCUGACAGCGGUGGUAUGCCAGAGCGUGUAUGUACUCUCACUGGAACUAGAGAUGCUAUAGAGAAAGCCAAGCAGAUGAUGAAUUCCAUCAUCCAGAAAGGCCAGAGUGCAGCUGCUCCCAUGGAUCCCAAUGCUGUACAAGAUGGUCAGACUGUACUGGAGAUCAUGGUGCCAGGCAAUAAAGUGGGACUAGUCAUCGGGAAAGGAGGAGAGACAAUUAAACAGCUGCAGGAGCGUGGAGGUGUGAAGAUGGUAAUGAUUCAGGACAGUAACCAGCCCACCCACAUGGACAAACCUCUGCGUAUCACAGGAGAUCCCAUGAAAGUACAGAGAGCUAAAGACAUGGUGAUGGACCUCAUCACAGAAAAAGAGAUUGAGAGUAUGCAGAAGCAUGGAGGAAGGUUUGGCAAUGAGUAUGGAGGUAUGGGAGGAGGCGGUGGUUCAGAGAUUAACGUGCCCCGCCAGGCUGUAGGUGUGGUGAUAGGUAAACAGGGAGACAUGAUCAAGAAGAUUCAGCAGGAGACAGGUGCUAGGGUGCAGUUCAAACCAGAUGAUGGUGCCCCAGACAGGCUGUGUGCCAUUACUGGACCACCAGACAAAGUACAGGAAGCCAUUGAAAUGAUACAGGAAUUGAUAGAGGGAGUCAUGACCCAAGGAGGUCCCCCAGGCAGAGGUGGUUUUGGAGGCAGGGGCCGUGGACGAGGACGUGGUGGAUUUGGAGGGGGUGGCAGAGGAGGUGGCCCCCCAGGGGGUGGUUUUGGGGGUGAGGGCGGAGAUGGUGGAUUCCAGGAUGAAACUACUUACUCUGUACCACAGGAGAAAUGUGGAUUAGUUAUUGGCAAAGGUGGCAGCACAAUCAAUGAAAUCAAAACCCAGUCUGGUGCUCACGUGGAGCUGGACAGGAACCGCCAGCCACGCCCCGGCGAGAAACUCUUCAUUGUCAGAGGCAACCCGUCCCAGAUCCAGCAUGCUAUAGGUCUCAUAUGUGAGAAGGCUGGACUGCCACCACCCCAGGGGGGUCCACCAGGCCCAGGGGGACCAGGUGGCCCUGGGGGUCCACCAGGGGGACCAGGGCAGCAGCCUCCUCCUCAAGCCUAUGCCCCCCAGGGCUGGGGUAAUGCAUAUCAGCAGUAUUCUAAUCCUAAUGAUCCAAACAAGCAGGCGGCUGAUGCCAAUGCAGCGGCGUGGGCAGCUUAUUAUGCACAGUAUUAUAAUCAGGGAGGUCAAGGUCAAGGUCAGCCAUCUCAGCAGCCCCAACAACAGCAGCAGCCUCAGCAACAGCAGCAGCCCGCUGGAGCCACUCCAAGUAUGAACCCCUCCACAGGACAGCCUGACUACAGCGCACAGUGGGCCGAGUACUAUCGCCAGCAAGGGCUGCACCAACAGGCCGAUGCCAUCUUGGCCUACGCCAGGCAGCAGCAGCAGGGAGGGCAGCCGCAGGGCCAGCAACCAUAUCAACAACAGCAGCAGCAACCACAACAACAGCAGCAGCAGUAUCAGUAACUGUGAGAUGACAGCGAUGGCAUCAGCAGCUUAGUGGUCUGGUGUGUUACGGAAGAUGAUUUCUCCUCUGCGAACUUUGAAAUACAUGUAUUGAAAAUGAAAAAAAAUAUUCAUGCAUUUGCAUUGAGUCAUUAUGAUUAUUGCUGCAUAUAAUGAUGUACCUGAUGAUGUUGAUGAUGCGAUUUGACAUUGAUAUUGUUGUAUUUCUGGUACUAUUUGUGUUUUAUGUUUCUUUUAUGUAAACAGUUAAAUAAGUGAGUCUCAGAGAUAGCUAGCUAGGAUGUUGUAUUUUGUAUUAUAUGAUAAUUUUGUGCACUUGAGACAAACUUGAUGGUAGUUUUGAAUAUUGUAGAUAAAGAGAUGAAGAUAAAUAUUUUAUCAUUCUGUACCCAUAUGAAAUUGGUUAUAGUUUUACCAUUCCAUUGUACAAAUAGAGACAUUGUUUAAAACCAUUAUUUUGGAUGAGAGAGAGAGAGAGGUUUAAAUGAGUUGUUCUCCAGUUUCCAAUAUGACAGCGUUGCCCAGCAGUCAACAAGAGGUUUGCAUGAAAACCUCAAAUCAGAACAUUUUCUUGUAAAUAAAACCGUUCACAAAUAUUACACUUAACCACAUUUCAGAAUGACAUGCAUAUGUACUAUAUUUUCCCCCCGUCUCAGCAUGUGAAGUUUUUCAUCGACAGCUUUGACAUUGGUUAAUUAAUUAGAAGACCAUUGGUUUUUUAUCAUAAUAUGAACUGUUUAUGGAGUGGGAGGAAUAAGAUUUGUUGUAAAAAGUUAAUAUUGCUACAGAUGCAGUUUUCAUCCAAAGGGAAAGAGAUCUACGUGGUUCUUAUUGGUAAAUGCAUAAGCAAAAUGGUCAUCUAUUUGAAUUGAUUAUGGAUUAAUCGCAUUAUUCUCUUGUCGGGUUAUGCCACUCUAAAUCAGACUAACACUUGUGCACAUACAUGUAGAAAGAAAAGUUUCAUUAUAUGUCUUUGUUUAUAUCUGAUUCAUGAAUAUAUUGGACAUUUAAGAGUUGAUCUGACAUUGCAUUUUUACACAACAUUUGGGAUUUGCAUCCUUUUAGAAAUAUUCUCCCAAUUUAUGCUAAAUGCUGUUGCUGUGGUAUGAAGAAUUGUUUGAUUAUAUGAUCAUAUUGUUUAUUUUUUGCUUGUUGAAAAAAUAGGGAAAAUUUGGUUUUUAAUUUUGUAGGCAUCUAAUGCAAAUAGAGGCAGCGGCGAAAUCCUGGACACGUGCGGCAAUCUGGUUUUAUGGUUGAAAUAUAUUAUUUAGCGUGCAUAUGUAUUUCUGCUUAUUGCUGUACAUUAUAUAUACAUAAUAUGUUACAUUCAGAAAGAGAAAUGUGCACUUAAAAUUGUUUAUUUGGUUCCAAUUCUGUGUUCUACUCAAUUUUUCAUGUACCAUGAAAUGUUUUGUUAUUUUUAAGACCCAUUAGUACUUAAUAUUCAGGUGCUGCAGCAAGGCAGAGUUGGAAAUACUCUGAAGACACGGCAUGACAUUUUUGCACAAGAUGUCCUUACUUGCAAUGAUACUGUUAAUCAGUUGUUAUGUAUUACUUUUCUAAAACGUAUAUUGUUGCUCUUAAAUUUUACUUGAGAGGGGAGGGGAAGGUCGGAAAACAAAAAGUUAAAAACAUUUAACACUGAAAUAAACGAUUAACAGUAUCUUUUGCACCAGUCAACUUACCUGUUUGUAAAGAAGAAAAUAGUGGUUUGGGAUUUAUGUUAUAAAUGCACAUGGUCAUCUUUUGUGAAUUUUUAUGAGAUCGUGUAGAUGCCUCUGUUGCAUGAUUUUGCAAACUAGGUCUCAGAAGUGAAACCAUAAGAGAAAGGUAAGGCCAUAAGAAUUGGGAAUGCAGAAUUAUCAUUAUUUUUAUGAAUUGCCAUUUGUUUAAAGGUGAUGCUUAGAUCAGUAAAUUUCUUACAGCAAACUUCAAGCUAGGGUAAUGAGCGCAUACAUGCCUAACUUUGUAAAUACAUUGGAAUGUUUCCUCUUUUUAUAGAUGAUGUAAUGCUCAUUAUUGAUAAAUGAUUGGAAAUAUGGUGUGUGUAUCUACAGUGUCUUUGUAUUCAAUAUUAUGGAUUCUAUUAAAUGCUUCACAUAUAUGUUGCUGUGUGUGCGUGCGUGCGAAUGCACCCACGGACAUGGCGUGUCUUAUUGUUUUUUCUUGCAGCCCAUUUUGGGGUGGGGAUGAAGCACCUCUUGUUUCAGAAAGAAAUAUGCCAUGCGGAACUGAGAAUUAAUCGGUCUUUGUCAUUCUUACUAUCAACUGUAUAUUUUGAAAAUUUGACGUGUAUAUGAUUUGUAAAACCAUUUUUCUCGGUGUCCUGUGUAUAUGUGAGAUUUCUUGGAACUUUUGCAUACCUUUGAUAACUAAAUGAAAUUUUUGUUAUACAUGGCCCUGGGAAAUAUUUUGAAUACACAACCCUGAAGUUUAAUAUUAUUGUGAUUUUCUCUUUUAAA